GGCCGUCAGUGCAAGAUCUUGAAGCGCAUUGGUCGGUCGCCUCGGCGCCGGAGACGUCGCUUGAAGUUCAUUGGUCCUUUUGAGAAGGGGCGGGAAAAGUGGCGCGAGCACAGCCGUUUUUCAUACCACUGUCUCACCGCCUCCUUUCGCCUCCUCCAGAUUGACCCUAACUGUGCUCCAGGCUGAGAUCCAUGGACCCCAAUGAAAUGCCUGCUGUCCACCACUGCCCUUCAGACUCUGCCACAGGGGGUGAAACCAGAGCCCCCCAGGGCAUGGAACUUAUCCCCAGGAGAGCUGUCAGUCGGUCUCCAACCUGUGCCCGUUGCCGCAACCAUGGUGUCACUGCCCACCUCAAGGGCCACAAGCGCCUGUGCCUGUUUCAGGCUUGCGAGUGUCACAAAUGUGUCCUCAUCUUGGAGCGCCGAAGGGUCAUGGCUGCCCAGGUGGCCUUGCGUAGGCAGCAGGAGGCACAGCUAAAGAGGCACCUAGCCCAGGGACUCAUGAGAGGGGCAGCUCCUCCCAAAGCUCCCAGCCGUGUCAAGAAGGGAGUCACUCGACCAGGGGUCCACUCUGGAAAGGAGAACGUAGCACCCCAGCCUCAGACUCCCCAUCAUGUAGUUCCACUGGCACUGACACCUCCUGGAAAGGAGAACUCUCGGGGCCCUCUGCUGCUCAGUCAUCCCCCAGAAGCCUUGCCUUUGCCCUGGACUCCAGUGCCUCCCGGCCCUUGGGCCCCUGGGCACUGGCUGCCUCCAGGCCUUUCCAUGCCAACCCCAGUGGUGUGCCGCUUGCUGUGCCAAGAACCUGCUGUUCCUCUGCAUCCUUUCCCUGGUUUUGACCCUGGCACUGCCCUCCGGCUGCCCACUCAUGGGCCUCUCCCAACCUGCACAGGAUCUCGCCCAAUACUGACAGCUCCUCUCUCUGGAGAAUCUCAAGGGCCUUCUACCCUGCCCCGCACAUGCUCAACUCUGAUACUCCAGCCCUGUGGCACCCCAGACCCUCUUCUGCUACAGCCACAGGCCCCUGGACCCUCUUGCCUGACCUGGACCUCUGCCUCGUCAGAGCGGCAGCUGCAGCGGGAGGCAGCUGAGGCUCUUGUGGGACUGAAAGAUUCAUCUCAGGCUCCCCGCCUGACUCCUGGCCCUGCCAACCCUGCCUGGAUCUCCCUGCUCCACCCUUGUGGCCCAACAGCUCCUGCUGGAGGAAGAGGAUUCCAGCCUGUUGGGCCCUCUCUCCGGCCCAGCCCAGCCCCUUCCGUGGCUCUGCAUAUUGGGCGACUGGGGUCCAUUUCCCUCCUAAGCUAGAAGCCCAGAGGUGGAGGCCCGAGGGGGUAGGGGGCAGCAGCCUGUAGGCAUUGCAUAUUUGGUAUUUUACUCCCAGAUUUCUGCAUGGAAUUUCAUGUAGUACACGCUUCAGGCUUUUUUUAAAGCUCUCAGGUGCUUUGUUAGCUUUUGGUUCCUUUUGUAGCAUGGCCGUUUCCUUAGCCAAAGGUGGAUAUUCUCUUACCUUCCUUGGGUCCUGGGACCUUUUAAAAUCCCCAAAAAAGAGAAAGUUGUGCAGUUUAAGCUAACCAGUAUCUAAAUAGAUUUCUGCAUGAGUUCAUGUUCCAGGGUAUUCAUUUGACAUGUGAUCCUGUAUAUACCUGUGCACUCAUGUCUGCCUCCAUGCAUGUGAAAACAAGAGUAUUUUUGUUUUGUGUCUUGGUUUGUGUGAGUAAGCAAGAAAUAAACCAGUGUUGUAUUAAGCCA